AUGCCAAAUAUUGUGGUUGUUGGCGCGGGAGUGUCCGGUUUGACGACCGCUUUACUCUUAUCCCAAAAUCCCAAUUUCAAAGUCACCAUUGUUGCAAAGCAUAUGCCCGGUGAUUACGACAUUGAAUAUACAUCUCCGUGGGCUGGUGCAAAUUAUCUUCCGGUAUCAAAUGCAUCCGACUGUAGAUGGGAGAAGCGAACAUGGUAUGAACUCGCAAGACUAGCGAAAGAUGUCCCAGAAGCCGGCAUUCAUUUCCAAAACACUGUGAUUUUGAAUCGCAAUAAAGAUGCCCAAGGAAUUACAGGUCAAUGGUUCAACGAGUUACUCUCCACUGAUCCUUGGUUCAAAGAUGUUGUCCCUGAUUUCCGUGUAUUACCACAAAAUGAGAUCCCUGCUGGUGCGGACAGCGCAACCGCAUUCACAUCAGUUUGCAUUAACACGGCCGUGUAUCUAUCUUACCUCGUCGGUCAAUGUCUAAAGAAUGGUGUUGUACUUCAACGCAGCAUCAUUAGUCACAUAUCCGAAGCCGGCGAUCUACAUCACUCUGGGAGCAAAGCUGAUGUGGUCGUGAACUGUACAGGUCUUUUAGCCUCGAAACUCGGUGGCGUGAUGGACAAAGAUGUCAUUCCCGUUCGAGGUCAAAUCGUACUCGUACGUAACGAUCCUGGUGUUAUGCUAACAAUUUCCGGUACCGACGACGGAGACGAUGAGGUAUGUUAUAUCAUGAAACGUGCAGCUGGCGGUGGGACGAUUCUAGGAGGCACAUACCAAAAAGGAAACUGGGAGUCCCAGCCGUGUCCGAACCAGGCUAUGCGAAUCAUGAAGCGUGCUGUGGAGUUAUGUCCUGCUUUGACGAAUGGAAAAGGUAUUGAGGCAUUGAGUGUCAUACGUCAUGGAGUGGGACUACGACCAUUGAGAUUGAGUGGGGUUAGGAUUGAGAAGGAGAAGAUUGAUUCUACAUGGGUGGUUCAUAAUUAUGGACAUGGGGGUUGGGGAUAUCAGGGCUCUUAUGGAUGUUCGGAGGGCACUGUGGAGCUUGUUGAAGAGGUUUUAGGAUCUAAGUCUAGACUUUGA